CUGAGUUGAUUGGCCCAGAUGUGGUCCAGCAGGCCGUGGAUAAGGUGAAACGUAUUCGAGAAAGAUUGUUGGCAGCCCAGAGCCGACAGAAAUCUUAUGCCGAUAAGCGACGUCGACCGUUAGAGUUUCAGAUUGGCGAUUGGGUGUUCCUGAAAGUGUCACCGAUGAAAGGUGUUAUGCGAUUUGGCAAGAAAGGAAAGCUCAAUCCGAGAUAUAUUGGGCCUUAUCUGAUUAUUCGCAAAAUAGGCAAGGUGGCCUACGAAUUGGAUUUGCCAGCUGACUUGGGAGCGGUUCACCCGGUAUUCCAUGUUUCCAUGCUUCGUAAGUGUAUUGGUGACCCUUCCAGAAUUUUUCCUUCAGAUGAGAUACAGGUCACAGAGGAGCUAUCUUACGAGGAGCAGCCUAUAGUCAUAUUGGAUCGUCAGGUGAGAAAGUUGCGGAAUAAAGAUGUGGCUUCGGUUAAAGUGCUGUGGCGGAAUAAUAACCGCGAAGAAAUGACCUGGGAGGCUGAGGAGCAGAUGAAGGAAAAGUAUCCUCACUUAUUCCCAGUACCUUCAGACCUUGGGCAGCCCGAAUCAUAGUUUGGACUUAGCUUGAGUUGGAUCAUAUUGGAGAGCGUUUGAGGUAUGUAAGGCAACUUCCUUUCUUUUUGGCAUGUCUUAGUUUUUAUAGGCUAAAUUAGAGCCUCAAGGAAACUUUCAAAUCCGAAAUCCGAGCAUGUUAUGAUCCGUAUAUGUUCUUUGGCACUCUUAUGUAUGAUCUGAUGAAAUAUGAACCUUUAUGUAUUUGAAAAAUCGCUUUUCGAACUUUGCGCAAAAAGGUUUCCCUUUAAGGAACUUCGAAAUAUCCGAAUGUCAUAUCUUUCACAUAAAUGCUCGGAUUGCUCCAAUAUAUUUUUAUAAAAAUUUGCAUUACGUAUAACGAGUAUGUUUUCCAUAAGCAGGCCCGACUUGGGUAAAUUCCCAUCCGUGGGUCCCGCGACUUCCUUUUAUGAAAUUCGGGAGAUUUUGAAAGAAUAUGUUAAGACUAUUAUUCAAUUUUCAAAUAUGAUCGUUUUGCUUAUGUUUGAAUUUAUGAUAUUGAUUUUAUGCAUAUGACUACUCACGACUCUAUUCGUGCAUUUUGUUAUUCCCUUCGCCGAGUC